AUGACACAAGAAUCAACUAUAUCUGGCCGCAUCGACUCGUUAGAUGCCAAGCAAGAGCUAAUCUUGAAACAGGUGUGGACUUAUUUACUACAAUUCUGGGGCAUUGAUAUCGAUGGAACAAAAAUAUUCAAUGAUCCGUUAGUGACAAGUGCCGAUAAGAAGAAGAAAAAAUCAUUAUUGGGUAAACUAAGUGGUAGUUCUAGCACUGCUGAUUCCGAAAAUACAACUGCAGGAACAUAUACAAGAGGUAAGAUCCAUGACUCAUUGCGAUCUCAAGAUCCCAAAAUCAUUCAAGACACGUUUUGGAAAACUUUGAGAACGGAUAGUCCUGAUAAUUUACUUUUAAGAUUUAUCAGAGCAAGAAAAUGGGAUUCAGAUAAAGCUAUGAACAUGUUAGUGUCAAGUUUGAAUUGGAGAGCAACCAAAUAUGAUGCCAAUGAUAUUGUAAUGAAAGGUGAAGCUGAUAUGUAUAAAAAUAAUGAAGCUGGCUGUAUAAAAAAUUUAGAAUUGCAAAAAGCUGUUCUAAAUGGCUUCGACAAAAAAGGUAGACCAAUUGUGUUAGUUAGACCAAAAUUACACCAUGCUGAUGAUCAAACGGAAGAAGAAAUAGAAAAAUAUUCUUUAUUAGUGAUUGAACAAGCAAGACUAUUUUUAAACGAACCUACAGAAGCUGCCAGCAUUUUAUUUGAUUUAACAGAUUUUACAAUGUCAAAUAUGGAUUAUCAGCCAGUUAAGUUUUUAAUCACCUGUUUUGAGGCGCAUUAUCCAGAAUCAUUGGGCCAUCUGUUUAUUCACAAGGCUCCAUGGAUUUUCUCACCUAUCUGGAAUAUUAUAAAGAAGUUAUUAGAUCCCGUUGUCGCCUCAAAAGUCGUAUUUACUAAUAAGACCAAGGAUCUGAACAAGUACAUUGAAAUGAACAACAUACCUGAACAUCUUGGCGGAACAGACACAAAGGAUUUGGAUCAAUUUACUCCGGUUGAUGGCUCCCACGAUGAGCUAUUAGAAGAUACUGCUACGCGUGAUGCAUUAUUGGAACAAAGAAAAGAGUUGAUUGAAACUAUUCUCAAGACAACUGCCGAUUGGAUCCAUUCAUCUGAUGCAAAUGAAUCCCGUGCUUUACUAAAUGAAAAAAUCAAGUUGAAUUCACAACUUUCUGAACUAUAUAGAAAAUUGGACCCAUACAUCAGAUCCAGAUCUUCUUAUGAUAUCGAUGGUACAUUAACUAUUUAA